CAUAAAAAUGUGCAAAUUGUAUGCAUCGUAGAUUGCCACAACGUGUUUACCCACCCGCCAGGCCAAUUUCUCAUUGUGUUUUGUAUAUAAAAGCUUGAGUGCAUAGUAUUUCCAUCGUCAGUCGUUGGACAGACAUCAAGUCGUGCGCUUAGUAAAGAAACUUACCAAAAAUGUUUGAUUCAAAGAAGUUUUGCUUAUGCAGUGCCUUUUUCUUCUUGGAGAUUAUUACUGGGACUUUAUCAUAUCCAACUUUUGCUCAUCCAGAUGCUCAUUUGGGAGGCAGUGGUCUUGGUGAAUAUGGCGGCUAUCAUGGCGGCUUCCAAGAAGCACAUCCUUUGGUGAGCAGUGAUCAUCAUGGAGGUGUUAGCAUCAUUGGUGCUGGCGGCUCAGCGCAAAAAGGCAUCACGCUGGAUCUAACAAAAGAGCACGGUGGCGGCCAUACUGGUCUCUUUGGCGGCAGCUUUAUAUCAACCGGAUCACAUGGUAAAAGCGGUGGGUAUUACCAAGGCGGUGAUGUGGAGCACGUGCAAGCGGAUCACUCGGGCCUUGGUUCCUAUUCGUCUGCUCUAUCCAGCUACGAUGUAGGUGGCGGUAGCAGCGGAGGCGCCACACAUGCUCUCACAUCGUCCGGACAUGAUGCCGGCGAGAUCAGCCCCGUACUUUUCUCAAGCUACAAAGAGGACGAGCACAGCUUCGGCUUGCACUCUGCCGCGCUUCACUCAGGCGGCGGUUUUGAUGGCGGGCACUUUGGUAGUGGUCUGCAGCACUUUGAACAUUCAGGCGGCUUCAGUCAUUAAGACGAUGAAUGCGCCUGGGAGGAAGUAUUUUUUAUACCAAAUAUUAUUUUAGAAUAAUGUUUUUCAAUAAAAUGUGCAGAAAGUGAUGACAUUUUCAAAAUGGCGUCACAAUCAAACAAGA